CAAGAAGCAGAUAGAUAGAUAGAUAGAUAAUCUCAAGAGGGAAAACUCUUUCUUACAACAGGGUACGUUUGUAUUGCAAGACAACAAGUUCUGAUGGCAAUCUCGUGACCCUUCUUCUGAGAAGGAAACCGAAGAUAUAUAGAUCCGUCUACUCUAGGGGAAAGCAAUGCUGUCUGUGAGCAUGUAUUUCCCUUGUGGAAGCAUAAGAGCAAUAACACAGCUGGUUGGUGCACCAUUCGUUCCCAUAAGAUACACAUUUGGAGCAGGAACGUUCAAGACCGUGGAGGGUCACCUUAUGGAGCGGGUGGGUGUGUUCGCUGGUGAUGGGUCAAGAGAAGCAACGGAAACAGAACUAUGUAGCUCUUGCUGAACAUCAAAUAGUCGAGAGACUUUCACAACCUUGAACCAAAACAAAACAAAAAAAAGUCACAUUAUUACUUCUUUAUUUUUUCCUCUAUUAUUCAAUCUCUCAAGCUAAACAAUCAUAUAGAAAAAUCUUCUUUGUUCCUGAUGGGUGUGCUCAGGUUCUGAUGUUGGUGGUUGUGUGUGUGUACUAUAUUUUUCUCCUAUCAUUAUUGUGUGUUCUUCCAAACAAAUAUAUAAACAUACAUAUUUGUAAAAUUUUAAUUGCUA